AUGGAAAAACGGAAGACAAAGUGCGACAGCUGUAGCGGGAAUUUUAGUUAUGCUAAAGAUAAGGGCUACAUGGUGGUAUUCGGCAAUUGCAACCAUUCCCUUUGUUCCGAGUGUUUUGGACAGGCUACUAGAACACACGGAUAUGUUGCUUGCUUUGUGAAAACUUGUAAAGGAAAAUCAUCUUUAUGUGACCUUGUCAAGGUAAAUUGUGCUACACGCCAGAUAUCAUGUGUAUUUUGUAAUGAAGCUCUGGAUGGAUGGUGCAAGGAACUGAGCUGUCAGCAUGUUGUUUGCAUGAAUUGUUCAAAAGCUUUCAGAGACUGCUCUUUGUGCUCACAUCUGGACGAAGUAAGCAAUAGAAGACCCGUCUUUGCUAAGGAUCAGGAAAUCAUCAGAGAUGCAUUUAUUAAGGACACAGACAAAGAUACUGCAUGUCAAUCAUGCUCAGUGAACAAAGGAACUCCUAUGCCAGUUAUUGGAAUACCCUCAGUCGGACUGACGUGCUAUGCUAGUUGUAUUCUUCAGGACUCCUUUAUUGACCUUUUAUUGGGUAUUUUGACUAGCGAUACUGCAUCAGAUGAGAUGAGAUAUAAUAUAUCACAGUUGCUUGUAUUCUGUCAUUCCAUGUAA